UGUUUGUUCAUCAUAUCCAUCAUCCCCCAUGCCUUCACAGCGUCAGCGCCACAGUCACUCCCUUUUAUCCCCUGGCGACUACGAUGAAGACGCCGAAUCGUUACGGUCUCCCUCCGAGCAGGACUCGGACUCGGAAGACGAUGAAUUUCUCCGCCAUUCCCGUACCACGUUGGAACUAGCUGAACACGAUCGCACUGUCUUGGACGACGAGGAAGAAACCGAGAAGUUGUUGACGAGGAAAGGACCCGCCCAGGGUCUCCGUCGUAUAUUCAGUCCCAGUAGCAGCGGUGUCAAGAUUGGAAAGCGAGAACGUCGACAGCAGCGGAGGCAAGCUCGCCGAGAUGCACGCAAGGAGCGCCACAAGUUGUCGGAUUCCGGGGAACUGAUGUAUGAAAUGGAGGAAGGUCACCGGGAAGAUGAGAGUUCUCUGCUUAGCUCCGCCUCUUCCUCUGACUUGGGACAACCCGUUAAAGAGAAAUAUACACAUGAAGAGACGCGCCCUGUCUCGUGGCGCAAGCUUGCGCUACUCUUUUCCGCCAUUUUCGUUCUUUUCCUCAUCUGCCUACUGGGUGCCUAUAAAGCCUCGACGAAAUUCCGUGCAUCGCAUUCGCGACCGCCUCCCCUUCUUUCAAACGGGUCCGCUCUGUUCGCACCCACCACUAUCCUAAUUUCGCUCGAUGGCUUUAGAGCCGACUUCCUCAACCGCGGUCUAACGCCGACGCUAAACUCCUUCAUCGCCGACGGCGUUUCUCCGCAAUACAUGCUACCCAGCUUUCCUAGUGUCACCUUUCCGAACCACUUCACUCUCGUUACAGGCUUAUAUCCGGAAAGCCAUGGAAUCGUGGGAAAUACAUUCUGGGACCCGAACCUGCAGGAAGAGUUCUAUUACACGCACCCAUCUGUCAGCAUGCAGCCCAAGUGGUGGAAUGCCGAGCCGGUGUGGAUGACCGCCGAGAACCAGGGACUGAGAACCGCUAUCCACAUGUGGCCCGGCUCGGAGGCACAUAUUGGAAAUGUGGAACCUAGUCUUUUGGAUGAGUACAACGGGUCCGAGGCUCUUCCGCGGAAGAUAAAUCGUGUGUUGGAGUUCCUUGACAUGCCGGGCUCCGAGGAUGAGUCCUUGGAUACCCCAGAGCGGCCACAGUUCAUUGCCUUCUACGUGCCCAACGUAGAUGCGCAUGGUCACAAAUACGGCCCGAACAGCACAGAGAUUCGUGGCACAAUUUCCAGUGUCGACAACAUGCUUGGAAGCCUUUUCUCUGGCCUCCAAGAACGGAAUCUCACGGAGAUCGUGAACGUUGUGAUCGUGUCUGACCAUGGCAUGGCUUCAACCUCCACGGAGCGGUUGGUUCAGCUGGAUGACUUGAUAGAUAUGGAUCUUGUUGAUCGUAUCGAUGGGUGGCCGCUACGUGGAAUACGCCCUAAGCGGAAAGAGGAUCUGAAGACCCUCCAGGACCAGCUAGAGAACAUCGCUGCAAACUACUCUGAUGCCGUGGAGGUUUAUACUCGAGAGACCAUGCCGGAACGCUACCACUUCAAGAACAACGAUCGCAUAGCUCCCCUCUGGGUCAUCCCGAAAACCGGAUGGGCGAUUGUUGAGCGGCCUGACUUUGAUGCUGAACAGGCCCUGGAGAAAGGAGAGGAUUACCAUCCAAAAGGUAUUCAUGGCUACGAUCACGAACACCCUCUCAUGCGGGCCAUCUUUGUCGCUAGGGGGCCUUCGUUCCCUCAUGAACGCAAUAGCCGUCUAGAGCCUUUCCAAAACGUCAAUGUAUACAACAUCAUUUGCGAUACCCUUGGUAUCACUCCUCUCCCCAACAACGGAACCCUGCGUCUUCCUCUGAAGCCGGUUGGGAUCCAUUCGGAUCAAAAUUCGCCUCCUCUUGACAAUCCUCCCGACCCUCCAGCCAGUAGCCCUGCUGCCAAUGUGACUCCUACAAAAACCCCUGUGGCCGUUCCCUCUGAACAGCCUACGCCCAGCAAAGAACCCCAACCGCAACCGGAAUCCAACCCGGAAAGCGAUGACGAGAAAGGCCCUACCUGGUGGGGAACGCUCUGGGGUAAGCUUGAGGACGCCAAGGAUUGGGCGACCGAUACGUAUGAGACGAUCAAAGACAAUUUUUGGACCUCGGAUUGAUCAUCUAGAUGUGAUUUUUUAUAUAUUCUGUUCCAUUCUGACUCGUUUUCUUGCGCCUAUCCGCCUGUGCCGUGAGGCAUUGGCCGGGAUUAAUAUUUCGAGAUACCCAUUCUGUUUUGGCGAUAUAUCACCGCUGGCUUGUUAGAGGCUACUCCGUUCAUUUGCUUCAUUUCAUUUCAUUCUCUUUUAUUCUCUUGCUCUUUCAAACUGAUCAUCAAAUCUGUUCUGAAUAAUCAUGUUGGGUGUUACAAAGCUAGCACGGCACAAAUCAGACCUCGCCGGAGGUACGUUUGCUUGUCUGCAAAGCUGGACUGGGCUGAGCUAACUAUCAGCAGUUGGGUCGCCCUUCUCUCACGGGCUCCGUCCGGCGUCUCUCUGACGAGCCAUGAUAACCAGGGAGAAAGGAUCUGUCCUCAAAUUAAUGGCUCUAUUAGAGCCCCAUCCAGGUCUUCUUGAAAUCACCAUAUAAUUGGGUGAGCUGCGUGUUUCAACGCGCACCGAUUUUUUAGAGCCUCUGCCACCAUCACGCUAUCCAGAGAAGUCAUGGCGCCUACGGUGACAAAGUACAACUCUGGUGGAACAAAGGCAGAAAGACGCCUCGUAGAAUAUCCAAGAACCAUGGCAGCUUUACGCCUUAACCUUCAACUGCGCCGUAAGUCAAGCACUGCGCCAUUCUAGCAGUCGCGCUAGUAUUGACAUGCUUUCAGAAAAUAGAGGCCAACGUAAACGCCAAGCCACAAUAAUCGAUUCAUAUUCUCAUUCGGAGUCAUUUCCCGUCAACAUUAUUGUGCUAUCUGGGAGAUUUACGCAGGAGAACAAAAAGAAGGGUCCAAUAUGUGCGGUAGAACUUAUAAACUGAUGCAGCUACAUGUUUGAAUAACCCGUAAUCAAAGAGAAGACAGAAACAAAUUACCAAGAGACAUGCAUAUUUAGAUGAAGAUAUGAAUCCUCAAGCACAAGCCUCAGGCACCAAUAUCCAGGCACCCGUACCCUAGGUACCCCUAGGCACCUAGGCAGCAACACCACCCUCUCAGGCACCAUUCUCCAGCCUCAUGCAUCCAGAAGAUCCCAGCUGAAAAAAGCAACUAAAAAAUCCCGCAUCACCAAGCAGAUGAACCGUGCACUUCUGGCCUACUGUAUGGGGUCUACACUACAGUAUACAAAGGCAAUCAUACCCCCAGUCGAGACGCCGAUCGUGAGUCAACGGUGGACCCACUGUGCCAGCCUUGCGCGCCUACACUAUGCAAUGACUGCGGCAAAGGAAUGCAGGACUUGUUAGUCACAUCGUUGUGGAAUUGAAGGAUGAUUCGUUGGAUGAUUGACUGGGUUAGAUUGAAUGUUGCAGAUCGUUUAGGAAGAAGGCUGCUGUUAGCCAGUGGCUUGGUUUUGUUAUGUGGGGUGCCUAUUUUUGCCUGGGCGUUGUACUACUGACUGUACUGUUGGACCGGAAGUUGCAUUUUUCUUGUCUCUGUGACUGCGGCGAUUGCCUUGUUUGAUCGUCUGGUGGAUGGAUGGAUGGACAUAUAAAGAGGUGACUGUUUCGCAUCUUCUUC